UCUGCUUUUGUUCCUCUCUGUUCAGACUCUGUCCCACAUGAAGGUGAUAAAAUUUCAGGGUGGUCCCAAAGUCGUGUCUCAGCCUGCCCCCGUCGCUCUGCCCCCCAUCUCCAACCAUGACCUCACCCCCAGCCCUGACGUCCCACUAGCCAUCCUCAAGAGGAAGAUGAUGGCUUCUAAUGACAUCAUGGAGACAAAGGGUCUGCUCAUGGAGAUAGACAUACACCUCAAGAUCAGGCAAAUUUUGGCAGAGAACAUGUUCCAGAUUGUUCACACUGUGACCGGAGACAAAGUCAAAGCUCAAGACAUCGUCAGCAGCAGGACCCCUCUGACCCAACACCAGUGCUACAAGACUGCACUGUACCACUACAGGGACCACUGCUUCAACUGGCACAAGACUCAGUAUGAAUAUGCCUUGAGACACCUGUACGCUCUGGUGAACUUGUGUGAGAGGGGAUACUCUGCUCAGAGCAUUCAGAAGGCUAUGGACUUUGUGUGCCUCCCUAGCUUCUAAAAGGAUCUGCCCCUCUCCUUUACUGUGAAAAGAGAGAACUGCAUUUUGCACUGCUGAAACACCAAUCAAACCAAGCCUAUAUUAUUAUGAGUGCACUGUUUUACUUGUUGAUAUGUGAACUGAUUUUAAUUUGAUUUUUUUAACUGGUUUUAUGAUGAGCUGCACUUUCACUGUGAGCCAUAUGGGUAAUUUUUAUAUUUUUUAAUCGUGUUUUUAGAUUACUGACGUGUCAUUUGUUGCUGAAUGCUUUAUGGCCUGAUGUGAAUGUUGAAAAUGUGGUUUGAUAUGAGGAAAUACAAACUAAAUGUUAACUGAACUUCAUGAGUCUUGUCAGGGGGAUCAUAAAUAAAAUUUUACAAGCCAA